AUGGGUUGUCUUUCAUGUUUUACUUCCUCGGAAAAGAAGGCAGCUCAAAGGCAAACUAGUUCUUGCAGAAAUGGUGGUCAUUCUUGUGAUAAAAUUCCUCCUCAAAUUGAAGUUUUUCUUCCCCAGCAACACCCCCCUGAGCACGUUCCUAAACCAGAGACUUCAGUUGAGCCUGCAAAGACUACUGCUGAUGGCACUAGAGAGACCGGUAACAACAACAUCGCAGCUGAAACGUUCACCUUCCAUCUAUUGGCGACGGCAACCCAGAACUUUAGACAAGAAUGUUUGAUAGGGGAAGGCGGCUUCGGUCGAGUUUACAAGGGAAAGCUUGAUAGAACUGGCCAGACUGUAGCCGUAAAGCAGCUUGACAGAAAUGGAUUGCAAGGAAACAGGGAAUUUCUUGUUGAGGUUUUGAUGCUAAGCUCGUUGCACCAUCCGAACCUCGUUAAUCUUAUCGGAUAUUGCUCCGACGGCGAUCAAAGGCUUUUGGUUUAUGAGUACAUGCGGAUCUGUCGAGGACCAUCUACUUGGUAUAUGUAA